CCGGCCCGGCCCAGACAGCCGAGCUAGUGGAGUAGACGCCGCGGCGUAGCCGGGAUCCUCCCGGAGGCGCGCGGCGCGAGCCCCUGACAGAACCAUGGCGGGCGAGGAAGACCGCGGAGAUGGGGACCCGGUAUCAGCGGUGACCGUGCGGGUGCAGUACUUGGAGGACACCGACCCCUUCGCAUGUGCCAACUUCCCGGAGCCGCGCCGAGCCCCCACCUGUAGCCUGGACGGGGCGCUGCCCCUGAGUGCGCAGAUACCCGCGCUGCAUCGCCUGUUGGCGGCGCCGCUGAAGCUGGAGGACUGUGCUCUACAAGUGUCUCCCUCUGGAUACUACCUGGACCCUGAGCUUUCUCUGGAAGAGCAGCGGGAGAUGCUGGAGGGCUUCUAUGAAGAGAUCAGCAAAGGGCGAAAGCCUACACUUAUCCUGCGUACUCAACUCUCCGUGAGGGUCAAUGCCAUCUUGGAAAAGUUGUAUGGCUCCAGUGGCCCUGAGCUCCGCCGUUCCCUCUUCUCACUAAAGCAGAUCUUCCAGGAGGACAAGGACCUGGUGCCUGAAUUUGUACACUCAGAGGGGCUGAGUUGCCUGAUCCGUGUGGGUGCUGCUGCCGACCACAACUACCAGACCUACAUCCUCCGAGCACUAGGCCAGCUGAUGCUUUUUGUGGAUGGGAUGCUAGGGGUGGUGGCCCACAGUGAGACUGUACAGUGGCUGUACACACUGUGUGCCAGCAUGUCCCGCUUGGUGGUGAAGACAGCCCUGAAGCUGCUGCUGGUGUUUGUGGAAUACUCUGAGAACAAUGCACCGCUGCUUAUCCAUGCUGUCAGUUCUGUGGCCAGCUCUACAGGCUGUCUUCCUUGGGCCAAUCUGGUGUCCAUCCUGGAGGAGAAGAAUGGCGCUGACCCUGAGUUGUUGGUGUACACAGUCACCCUCAUCAACAAGACACUGGCAGCACUCCCGGACCAGGACACCUUCUAUGAUGUGACAGAUGCACUGGAGCAGCAAGGCAUGGAGGCCCUGGUCCAGCGCCAUUUGGGCACCUCGGGUACUGAUGUGGACCUGCGCACACAGCUUGUGCUCUAUGAGAAUGCCCUGCGGUUAGAGGAUGGAGACAUUGAUGAAGCCGCUGCAGGUGGAAGGCGGGAACGCAGAAAGCCCUCUUCAGAGGAGGGCAAGAGGAGCCGCCGAUCUCUAGAAGGCGGGAGCUGCCCUUUGCGCUCCACGGAGCCUGGCUCCACAGGCCCUGUCUCUAGCCGCGCAGGCCCCGCCUCACAGACAGGCCCCACCUCCAGCCCCUCAGACCUGGCCUCAACUGUAACCUCCACCUACUCCACUGGCCCUGCCCUGUCGACAAGCUUGAACUCCAGCCUCGUGGGCACUGCUUCUGGCCUCCUUACCUCGGUGAACCUCUUUCCUGCCAUCUCUAUGGGGCCAUCAGCCGACAGCUCCAGCGAGAGGAGCAUCUAUAAAGCCCGGUUCCUGGAGAAUGUGGCAGCAGCAGAAACAGAGAAGCAGGCUGCACUGGCCCAGGGCCGAGCAGAGACACUGGCUGAGGCCAUGCCUGAUGAGGCUGAUGGACACCCAGAUACCCGGGAACUAUGGGGCUCCCCAGAACCAGGCCCUGCACCCAGAACACCCCAGAGCCCUGCCCCCCGAAGUCUGCUCCGGGCCCAGCGGAGCCUUGAGCCAGAGCCCAAGGAGCCACUGGCCCCACCAAGCCCCAAAGCUGAGCCCAUUCAGGAAUUCCCUAUCCGUGUACCUAAGCUCUGCAUUGGAGACCUGGACUUCUCAGAUUUGGGGGAGGAUGAAGACGAGGACAUGCUGAACAUGGAGGCUGUGGAGGCUGGGAAAGGGGUCCCACCCCCACCGCCCCCACUGCCUGUGCUCUCUGGAGGUGGCCCACCUCCUCCACCCCCACCUCCCCCACCCAUCAAAGGCUCACUCCCACCACCUCCACCUCCCACCACUCCCCUUCCUCCCUCAGCACCCGAUGGUUUAGCCCUCCCCACCAAGAGGAAGACAGUAAAACUCUUCUGGCGGGAGCUAAAGCUGGCUGGGGGUCAUGAAGGCUCUGGGAGCCGCUUUGGGCCCUGCCCCACACUGUGGGCCUCACUGGAACCUGUCUCGGUGGACACAGCCCGGCUGGAACACUUGUUUGAGUCCCGUGCCAAAGAUGUGCUGCCUUCCAAGAAAGCUGGUGAGGGCCGCCGGACAAUGACCACAGUGCUGGACCCCAAGCGCAGCAACGCUAUCAACAUUGGCCUAACCACCCUGCCACCUGUGCAUGUCAUUAAGGCUGCCCUGCUCAACUUUGAUGAGUUUGCUGUCAGCAAGGAUGGCAUUGAGAAACUGCUGACUAUGAUGCCCACGGAAGAGGAGCGGCAGAAGAUUGAGGAGGCCCAGCUGGCCAAUCCUGACAUACCCCUGGGCCCAGCUGAGAAUUUCCUGAUGACCCUUGCCUCCAUUGGGGGCCUGGCCGCACGCCUACAACUCUGGGCCUUCAAGCUGGACUAUGACAGCAUGGAACGGGAAAUCGCAGAGCCGCUAUUUGACCUGAAAGUGGGCAUGGAACAGCUGGUGCAAAAUGCCACCUUCCGCUGUAUCCUGGCCACCCUGUUGGCUGUGGGCAACUUCCUCAACGGUUCCCAGAGCAGCGGCUUUGAGCUGAGCUACCUGGAGAAGGUGUCAGAGGUGAAGGAUACAGUGCGCCGACAGUCACUGCUGCACCAUCUCUGUUCCUUGGUUCUCCAGACCCGGCCUGAUUCCUCUGACCUCUACUCAGAAAUACCUGCCCUGACUCGCUGUGCUAAGGUGGACUUUGAGCAGCUGACUGAGAACCUGGGGCAGCUGGAGCGUCGGAGCCGGGCAGCUGAGGAGAGUCUACGGAACUUGGCCAAACACGAGCUGGCCCCAGCCCUACGUGCCCGCCUCACCCACUUCCUGGCCCAGUGUGGCCGCCGUGUUGCCAUGCUGCGGGUAGUACACCGCCGUGUCUGCAACAGGUUCCAUGCCUUCCUGUUGUACCUGGGGUACACGGCCCAGGCAGCCCGGGAAGUGCGCAUCAUGCAGUUCUGCCACACGCUGCGUGAGUUUGCACUGGAGUAUCGGACUUGCCGGGAACGGGUGCUACAGCAGCAGCAAAAGCGGGCCACGUACCGUGAGCGCAACAAGACACGGGGCCGCAUGAUCACUGAGGUAGGUACCUUUUCCAGGUUUGGACUGCCACCCCCGUGGUUUCCUUCCCCUGCGCCCAGCUCACCCUUCUCCCCUCUACAGACAGAAAAGUUCUCAGGUGUGGCUGGGGAAGUCCCCAGCAACCCAUCUGUCCCAGUGGCCGUGGGCAGUGGGCCAGGGCGGGGUGAUGCUGACAGUCAUGCCAGCAUGAAGAGUCUGCUGACCAGCAAGCCGGAGGACACCACACAUGGCCGCCGCAGCAGAGGAAUGGUCCAGAGCACCUCCCCAGUCAUGCCUACAGCAAUGGGGCCCUCCACUGCACCCCCAGAAGAACCCCCAGUCUCCAAUUUACCCAGUGACACUUCAGAUGAGAUCAUGGACCUGCUGGUACAGUCAGUGACCAAGAGCAGUCCUCGUGCCUUAGCUGCUCGGGAGCGCAAGCGGUCCCGUGGCAACCGCAAGUCUUUGAGACGGACGUUGAAGAGCGGGCUCGGAGAGGACCUGGUGCAGGCACUGGGACUGAGCAAGGGUCCUGGCCUGGAGGUGUGAAGGUACUGCCUCUAGGACAUGGACGGGCCUCAGCCUGCAAUGUAAGAGACUAGAGAAUGAGGAGGAAUCAAAGCAGAAUUCUGGGCCUUUUCUCAACCCUAAGGCCACUGUGUGCCCAGUGGACAGUGCCUUGAGCAGUAUUAGCUGUGUGUGCCUGUAUGCAAUUGUGUGUUUGUGUGUGUAUAUGUACUUGUAUGAGCUCCCUGAAUGCAUGGAGUAUAAUAAAGUUUUCCUAGCCAA